UGCGCUGCCCAGUGGACUUGACGGCUCUGUGCCUGCAGAAGCGACAUGGCAGCGAGGAUCUCCUUCUCCCAGUUCAAACUGGAGGCGGAAAUCGAGAAGUGCCGGGGUGAGGCACAGUGGGAGCGAGUCCCCAGCCUAGUACAGCAGCUCCGGAUCCCCGAGGAAGAUGACUUUGGAGAUCUGCUACUGGCUGAGUCCAUCUUGGAGCAGUGCCUACAGGAAAAUGCCACUCAGCUCAAAGGUUCUAAUGUAUUAGUGGCUGCCAAGCUCCCCAAACUGCAGGAAGCCAAGACAUAUCUAACCUCCCUGAUGAACCGAGGCAAGCUGCAACCAAAGUACCUGACAGAGGCCAUGCUCAUCCUGGCCAAGCUGCACUACAUGGAGGGCUCAUACAGGGACGCGCAGAGCAUGUAUGCUAGGGUGGGUGUAGAGAACCUCUCCAUCGACAGUGAGCCCCUCUACUGGAUCAGACUCAUAGCUGAGGCUUUGGUGAUUAAAGGUCUCUCUUUAGAACGUCAGCAGCUGUCAACGACCUCUGUGGUGCGCCGGACUGAGAGAAAGGCCGAGUCUUUGUUAUGUUUUGAGAAAGCCUGUGAUGCUGCUCUCCUCUACCUGCAAGACCUGGAGAAGUCAAAAAGCAUGAAGAUGGCAGCGUCCCCAAUGGAAGCAGAGCUUGGGUUCUUUUUGGAGGCGGCCCUGCAGAGUGCCUACCUCACUCACCUCAGACAAGGCAACCUGGUGCAGGCCAAGCAGAAGCUGCGGCAUGUCCUGAGAGCUGUGGAGACGAGAGGAAUGCAUCACCUGAAAAAGGUUGCAGCCCGGUGUCUGGCUGAAGUGCUUCUUCACACGGUAAGCGAAGACAUUUACUGGAGUCCCCUGUCUGAACCCCCUAAAGAGCUGUUGGCCAAAGAGGAGAGCACACCACUGAAGACCAUCAACCCCUCUCUUGAUCGGGAGCCACAACUCUACUCUGGAGACAACUUGUUUUGUCCUCAGGAUAACGUGGAAGAGGCCCUGCUUCUCCUGCUAAUCAGCGAAUCCAUGGCCAGCAGGGACACAGUCAUCAGCAGGGCACCAGAUCAGCUGGAGGAUCGAGCUGUGAGCCUGAAAGAUGCAAAUGCAAUUUAUGACCUGUUGUGCAUAGCCAUGGCCAGAAGAGGGCAGUAUGCCCUACUUUCAGAGUGUUUGGAGCGCGCCAUGAAGUUCUCCUUUGAUGAGUUCCACCUCUGGUACCAGCUGGCACUUUCAUUAAUAGCCUGUGGAAAGCCGUCCAAUGCAGUGUCAGUGCUGCGGGAGUGUGUCAAGCUCCAGCCCACAGAUCCGACGGUCCCCCUGCUGGCUGCUAAGCUCUGCAUCGGCCAGCUGCACUGGCUUGAAGAAGGUGUUGCCUUUUCAAAGAUGGUGACAGAAAUGGGGGAGAAUGCUGGAGAGCAUCUGGUCAAAGGUCAUCUGGCUCUCGGACUCUGCUAUAGCCUGCAGGCCACAGACGCCACCCUUAAAGAAGUUCAGGACAGUCUGAAUAAGAAGGCCCUUGAGGAGUUCCAAAAAGCCCAUGACCUGGACCCAGAUGAUCCUAAAACAUCUCUCUACCUCUCCCUGCAGCUGGCUUUGGUCAGACAGAUAUCUGAUGCUCUAGCGCCCCUGCAGGAAGCUCUGAUGUUGCGCAAAGAUGAUGCCAAUUCAUUGCACCUACUGGCGCUUCUUUUCACCGCACAGAAGCACUAUCAGCAUGCCAUGGAUGUCAUUGAAUUGGUGACUAGUGAGCACCCUGAGAACUUCAGUUUGCUUUUCACAAAGGCUAAGAUUGAAGCACAACUGAAGGGUCCGGAUGUAGCACUGGCCACCUGCAGACAGAUGCUGACCUUCUGGCAGACGUCCUUCAACUUGACUCACUCCAGUGAGGUGGAUGAUGGCAGCAGUGUUGCAGAAGCCUCUCCUUUGAGCAGGAAGCCCAGCGGAUUACAUCUGACCCUUCCAGAAUUCCAAGACCCAGAGACUGGCUCCCAACGCGCCCCCUCCAUUGCGGCGUCACGUCUCGAGCAGGCCAUGUCAGAGAUGUCCGCCUACAGUUCUAGUCAGAAGUCUGGGCCCGUGCAGGUGUGGACCACUCUGGAGCACAUCUGGCUGCUGGCGGCUGAGAUGUUUAUGGAGCUACAAAGACUGAAGGAAGCAUCUUUCUGCAUUCAGGAGGCUGCCGGGUUGUUUCCAGCAUCUCACGGUGUCCUGCUGACUCGCGGGAAAUUAGCUGAACUAAAGGGGAACAUGGAGGAAGCCAAGAGGUUUUAUGACGAGGCACUCACCAUAAACCCCGAGGGAGUGAAGAUCCUUCAGAGCCUGGGCUCAAUCCUGAAUCGUAUGGGACGCAGUAGUUUGGCAGAAAAGGUCCUGAGAGAUGCUGUUCAGCUCCAAAACACGUCCCACGAGGCCUGGAACUGCCUGGGUGAAGUCCUUCAAGCACAAGGCAAGAACGAAGCGGCUGCAGAAUGCUUCUUGAUGGCGUUAGACUUGGAGUCCAGCAGCCCCAUUGUCCCUUUCACCACGAUCCCCCGGGAACUCUGAGGCAUAGACCAUUCUUAUCUCAAUCAAAGUGACACUAAUCUUGAGUAUACAGGGUAGGCCACAUGCAAUAAGUGUGACAAUAUUGGAAGAACAUUAUUGGUAUCAUUGAUUGACUUACUGCCACUGAUAACUGAUCCUAGUAGGCCUGUGAAUAUUUGAAUUUAGAAGCAGGAAGAAAUCAGGUAAGGUGCAGAGCACUUGUGUAACGUAAGUGAAACAAUUCAAUCGUGAAUGACUUUCAAAGCCUGUGAUGUGUUUCUUAUCCAAUGGUCACACACUCCCACCUGCUUAUCUAAAAUGGCAUCCCCUGAACUGGGAACCCAUCCCAGCAACACAAAGUAGCAGCCAGGGUUGGAUGGUAAGUCAAUUCCUCACAGAAAUGUGCAUAAACACACAGGAGAGCUACUGUGGUGAAUGAAUUGGGCCACAACCAGCAGACCUGUCAGUUCACUCAUGGACUCGGUCUCGCCAUUCAAACCAUGAGCAAGCCUGCCUGUGCUCGUCUUGUAAGUGAUUACACAAUAGAUGGAUCUGUACCUUAAAGUGCCUUGUCAUGGUGAUUACUGAUAAUCAAAUAAAGUUUGAUUGGUGGAACA